AUGCCGGCCAGCCAGACUACCAACGAAGAGAUCGCCGAACUGUUCGAACAUCUCGGCAUGAUGCUGGAGAUGAAGGGCGAUUCUGCAUUCAAGAUUCGCGCCUACCAGCGUGCCGCACGCACCAUCGAAGAGUUGUCAUUCCCCUUGGACCAGGCCGUCGCCGACGGACAGAAGCUCACCGGCAUCCCCGGCAUCGGCAAGGCCAUCAGCGAAAAGAUUCACGAGCUUGUCACCACCGGCCAGGUCCAGACCUUCGAGCGCGUCAAGUCCGAGCUGCCCGAGGGUGCCCUCAACCUGCUGGCAAUACCCGGCAUCGGCCCCAAGACCGCCGUGCUCAUCGGCACCGAGCUGGGCAUCAGCACAAUCGAGGGGGUGGAGCAGGCCGCGCAGGACGGCCGCCUAGCCUCUCUGCCUCGCAUGGGCAAAAGGGCCGCCGACAGCAUUCUCCGCCACAUCCGCGCCUCCCGUUCCAUUAGCAGCGACCGCACGCCCAUUGGCCAGGCCUUGUCCAUUGCGGAGGCUGCCAUGGCUGGCCUCCGCGAGCGCGAUGCGGAGAUCUCCAUCCUGACCCCCGCCGGCAGCCUCCGUCGCUGGGAGGAGACCAUAGGUGACGUCGACCUGGUAGCCAUCACCCCGCAGCCCGAAGAGCUGGGUCGCUGCCUGGCCGAGCUGCCCCAGGUCCGCGAGGUACUGGUCAACGGUCCCCGAAAGACCAGCGUAAUCGUCGACCCGGGACUGCAGAUCGAUCUGCGGACCGGCGAGGCCGAGUCAAUCGGUGCCAUGCUCCAGUAUUUCACUGGCAGCCAGCAGCACAACAUCCGUCUGCGUGACUUUGCCAACCGAAUGGGUCUCUCCCUCAAUGAGUACGGCAUCACCAAUGUCGAGUCAGGGCAGGUGGAGGUUUUUCCCGACGAAGAGUCCUUCUACGCCCGGUUGGGCCUGCCGCUGAUUCCACCAGAACUGCGUGCCGGCAUGUGGGAGCUUGAAGCGGCCAUCGAGGGCCGACUUCCCCAGCUCGUCGAGCCCCUGCACCUCCGCGGUGAUCUCCACCUGCAUAGCGACUGGAGCGACGGCAGCGACCCCAUCGAGACCAUGGUCGCGACUGUUGCUUCCAUGGGCUACGAGUACAUGGCCCUAACCGACCACUCCCAGGGCCUGGGCGUCGCCAACGGUCUCACCCCCGACCGGCUGGCGGCCCAACGCGAGGUCCUCCGCCAGUUGCAGGAGCGCUACGACAUCCGCAUCCUCGCCGGCUCUGAGGUCGACAUUCGCUCCGAUGGCCGAAUGGACUUCCCCGACGAGGUGCUGGCCGAGUUGGACGUGGUCGUGGCAUCCGUGCACAACGCCAUGUCCCAGGAUCGCGAGACCAUGACUCGUCGCGUCAUCCGAGCCAUGGAACAUCCGUCGGUUACCAUCAUCGGCCAUCUCUCCACCCGGCUGCUGGGCCAGCGCCCCCCCACGGAUUUCGACCUGGAGGCGGUGCUGCAGGCCGCCCGGGACACUGGAACAGCGCUGGAAAUUAACGCCUCUCCCGAACGGCUGGAUCUGAAGGACACUCACGCUUACCGUGCUCGUGAGCUCGGCAUCCCGCUGGUCAUCAGCACCGACUCCCAUCAUCAUUCCCACCUGUCCGGCGGACGGUUCGGCGUGGCUGUGGCUCGCCGAGCCUGGUGCGAGCCACAGCACAUCCUCAACACCAUGCCGCUGGACCAUUUCCGCCGAUUCAUCACAACUCCCAAACCGCAGCGCAUCAAGGUGUUCGACGACGUAGUGGCCACCGCCGCGCCGUCAGUCCCCAACGGUCAUGCCUCUUCACAGGCCGGAGCCUGA